UCGAUUCUGCAGCAGGCGGGAGAGGAUGGUAACAUGAUUUUAACGAAACAAAUGUCAGUCCGUUAUCGUCGAUGUCUGUAGUUAUUAGAAAACUCUGCACAAUCCCGACAAUGAGAAAAGCAACAGAGAAUCAAGGGGACACUCGAACACUUGCAGAUUACUACUCUCCGAGAGCUAAAGGUGGGUCACUGUGUCGCUACGUGUUGAUGUGUCAUAGUGAAGGAUUUUCAGGAGACUCCAAUGAAGCCUUCACAGGUUCCUAAUCGUCUUCCUCACCUGGCACCCAGGAGGAUUUUGCCUCUCCCUAAACCAGAGCUUUACCCAGCAUCCCCUUGCCCGGAACAACGACAUAAACGAAUGCCGUCGAGGGAGAAAUUAAGUCCUGCUGCUGACAUGAAUUGCUCUUCACUCAAGAGGAGGAGGGAGUUUGAAGACUGUGACGGCAGUCCUGUGAAACUCCAUCGACAGAGGGAAAUCUGCAAAGCACAAACACCAAAAACUACUUCUAACAACUGUCUUAGAACUUCACUGGUGUCUUCAUCAUCAUCGAGGCAGUCUUUGGUUCUUGAACAGUCUCCUGAAUCCACAGAUAACCAUCUGUGUGGCCAGUCAGCUUGCUCCUCCUCACUUAAAUCUGCUCAGGCAUCCUGUGUAUCUUCAUCUCCUCUCCCUUGUAAACAGAGACAAUCACCAAUGGGAGCAAAGCAAGCCUAUAUAAAGCACACUCAGAAUCAUACUCUGAGAAUAUUGGAUCUAAAAUCACCUACAAAACAAGGUGCAGAAAAUUCAAAGAAAAGAGGAGAGGAAGACCAUAAGACAGAUAAAUCAAGCUCUUCUUUUUCCCCUGGAGCUAUACAAAAAGACGUUGGCAACUUGCCUUCUUUUUCCUCAGGGAGCCACCACUCUGGUCAUCGCAGCGCCUCUGUCUUGACGGUCAAAACUCCGCGCAGAGGUAAUAGUGCAAUGGAGAACAGAAAGUCAGCUAGCUUUACUCCCAAAUCAGCUGUAGAUCCAAACUCAGAUUCUUUGAGUGGUUCUACUGUAAAACGGAGCAAAACCUCUCACACAAGAAGACCUGUUGCAGAUGAUAUUGAUGACCUUUUCACCCCUGAUCCUCUGAAAUACAUAGUUAGCCCUGCUAAUAAAGCUUCCAAGACUAAGACAGAUGGAGUAGUGGUCAAAUCCUCCACUCCAGAGAAAAGCUCACCCAACACUGCAACCACCUCUAGCACCACAGUUUCUCAGUCUGUGUGUCAAAAAACUCAAAAGGUCACAACUGGUUCUCCUCACACAGGGAAUAUAAAUGUUGCACCUUCGUCCAACAAGGAUCCAGAUCACUCACAGCUUUCCGUGCCAUUUGUAACUUUAAAACGGGUUAAAAUUGAAAACCCUAAACCCUCUCGCUGCAAAGACCCAGAAUUAAAAAAUGGACACAUUCCUUCUUCAAGCAGGCAGCUAAAGGAGGAGACUGUUAAAUCUAAUGACAAACAAAAUUGUAACCAUCCAAAUGAUGUAAACACAAGCACUUUAGAGACCGCCGCCUCUGGACAGUUUUCUACACAUCCUCCACUACUGCAGAGGCAGGCCAGUAGAGAGCUGAAACAGGAGGUGAAAAAUGUGGAUCCCGUAGAUGUGGAGCUGGACCUGGAUCUAAGCCUGGCUUUAGACUUGGAUUUAACUCAGAGCUCCCACAGCAGUGAGGAUGAGCAGCUGCUUUCCCUGCAGGAGAUGAUGGAGCGAGCCACCAAGCCUCCAGAUACACCAGAGAAGGGGGCCUUCUCAGAGCCUGGUACACCUGGACCCCUUAGCUGCAAGCUGAAAAAACAGCCAUUACCAGCUUACACAAAGACAUGCAACUACAAGAACAGCCUCGAUCAGAUGCUGAAAGAAAUAAACACUAACAAAAGAUCGAAAGAGGUUGAGACGCAGCUUCUCACUGCAUGUAAAGAGGACCUGUUAAGAAUAGCAGAAUACGAGGAGACUGAGGAGAACCAGGAUGAGGGGAUCUCCACUGAACACCAGGAGUUCCUGCAGCGUUACUCUCUAAUAUCAAGUGCCAUCAGAGAGGUUCCUCCAGGAGAGUUGGUGUUCAGCCUGGAAAAAUUUGGGCAGAUCUUCAAUCACAAUACACUGCAGCUUAGGCAAUGUAUGAUUACUCCAGAGGGGGCAGCUCAGAAAACACUUCUUUGGUCCAGCCCUGCUCACCUGAGACUGAAUGUAAAUAGUGGAUUAUUUCUGGAAGUCUAUGCUUGUCAUUCACCCUGUCCGACUCAGGUUACUCGGUUUCUUUUCAAGAUGAUGUCAGUCCAUAAUGAGAGGGUGGUGUCUGAAAAUAUACUACAGACCCUCUAUGGCAUAGCCACCACUGCUGCUUAUCAGAUAGUAAAAAACAAAAGCCAGAAGUUUCAAGUGUGGGUUCCCAGUCUGGCUGAUAUCACACUGGUCCUUCUAAACAUGGGAGCUUCAUUUGUUACUCUCUUUCCUUUUGAGAAUCUGCAGCCUCCAUUCACUGAGGGAGAUUUACUGGGGGAUGCCCAUGUCAAAGCAGAGAGUUCAUCCACCAGGGAGGAACAAUGCAGUUUCCCUGAACACAACUGCAUCAACAUCCUAAAGUACCUGUCUUACUGCCUGGACCUCUGUCCAAAGGCCUACAGUGACGAUGAGCUGCUGUUGCUGCUGACAGUGGUGGGAAAGGUGGGGCUGGACACACAGCUCAUCCUCCAAUCUGCCUCUGAGCUGUAUCCUCUACAGUACAAAAUUGUCAACAACUUCAGAGACUGGAACACCAUGCUGCCUAGAAUCUGUUUGGCUCUCACUGAUCUGACAGAUGACCACCACAACAUGUGUGCACUUGUUACAAUGCUGUCUGACAACACACGUGGAAAGCAGCUGCGACGGCAUCUCAGUUUAUGCAUGAUCUCCAAGCUGUUGGAUGGGAAUUGUACAUACAGACCAACAGAAGAAGAGAUUCAGCUUUCUGAACUGAGGCGCUUCUUGCCCCGCAUGCAGCCCUCCACUCUUCUUCGCAGCAUGCUGAGGAAUCAAAGGGAUAAAGAGGACAUGGAAACACUGGACCAACAGUCCUACUACCUCUGCUAUAGCCUUCUGACCUUGGUGAACGAAGCCUCCAAUUUUCAGUUCUUCCCAGCUCAUCAAAAGGAGCAGCUGCUGAUUUUGUGCUCUGAGCUGGAAAUGCAUGUGAAGUGUGACAUCAGAGAAAGUGAGAAACGCCUCUACAGAAGCAAGGUAAAAGACCUGGUGGCCAGGAUCGACACCAAGUGGCAGAUACUUCUUCGGAAAACAAGGCCUUUAAAUGGCAAGUUGUAUGACUUCUGGCAGCCUUCUUCUGAAUAUACUUUGACAAACAGCCAAGAAGGGCAGGAGGGGAACAGCAGUGAUGAAAGAGAGGAGGAUGAAGAGGCAGAAACCAAUGAAGCUAAAGACAUUGAGGCUGAGGUGGUUUCUGAUGACACUGAGAAUGAAGGAGAGGAAACGAUACAUGUGCCUAACAAGACAGUGGAUUUGGGUAAAGAAGAGGUGCCACAAACGGAGGCUCAAGUUCACUCAGAGUCUGAAGUUACGGUUGAGGAUAAAAAGGGCGAAAACAAAGGCAGUACUGAGGUCCAAAAUGAAAAUGACUGUAAGGCAGCAGAAAGUCCUCUGCAUGACCAAGCAGAGGCAGGUGAUUUAGUGUCAUAGAGAUUUUUAUUUAUUUUCAGGGCUUUAUUAGCUGUUGCCUUAACACAAAUCUCAUUUUGCACUAUUACCUCGUCUCUCUUACCUCUGAGUUUGAUUGUCAACACAAAUGUUAAUUGUAUGCAAGAAAUAAAAACAAAUUUGGAAGAGAUCCCAAUUUUUGUCAAGGGCUAAAGCAUUUUCUUUUCUCUCUUUUCUGCGUAGUGCUGCUCGAGAAGUAAAUACUAGUUCACUGUCUUUUCGAAGAAAAAUUCAAUUCUGUUUAAAGUUCUUUAGGAGUGUGCAAUUCAUAAAUAUGUGUUUUUACAUUGUAUUUUUACAUUGCUCUGCAGUAGGGUGCAUACAGAACCUGUUCACUUAGAGUGUUGUUUUUGAAAUUUUCUGUUCCAGUUUUUUGUUAGAAAGGAAAUAAUUUCAGUUUUUUUGCUGUUGCUACCAACUGUAAGGUUGAUUUAUGUGUGUUGCAUGUAAAAUUGAAGUGGAAGAAUUUAUAUAAGUCAUAUACUUUUUUCUCCUGUUGUGCACUUGUUUUGUUUCUGUUUCUACCUGAAGCACUGUCAGGAAUAAUAGCUGCCAUAGGUGCUGCUAAAAUUAACAAUAUGCAAUUUUCAGAACCACUUGUGUGGUCAGCUUUUUUACUACCAAUUAUCUGUUUAGAAACAUUGCCAAGUAAUUUGUUUCCCCUGCUCGAGCUUUCGUUUCUUACAGUAUCUUAUAAGCUGCAUUGUUUUUUCCACAGCACUCAUGUUCAAGAAGAAAUGAGUCAGUGACUGUUUUGGUGACUAAUUUGGGGGAGAUUUUCCCUCUUUGGCAUGUUUAAAAAUGUCACCAGCAAAAAGACCUAUUAAUUUAACUUUGUGAAAAAUGUACAGAAAAAUAUUAACUUGUUUGUUGAUAAUUGAUGCAUUUUACAUUUGUUUUGAGUGUGUGCAUUUUGUUAAAUUUUAUUGUUUUUGAUUAUAUUUUUCUAAAGAAAACACUUUUAUACUGAGUUUUGUGAGAUUCAAAAAAUAAACUGCUUACAUGCAAUAUUUGUGCAAUGUAUUCUGAAUAUUCAAAACAUUCGGUCUGCUUGAACCAUCACUUGUAAAAUAUGUUUUUCAAAAUUUGACAUUGCUACAACUAGUUUAUAUGUUAUAGCAUCCAGGAGGUAAUCACUGAAUCCAGAUAUGAAAUCUCUGGUUGAACUUAUUUUGCUCACUGUAAGGGGUAGAAAAAGUACCACAAUGUUGUACUCGAGUAAAAGUACAGUUACUCAAGUCAAAAUUUACUUAAGUAAAGGUACUGGUCUAUAAAUCUAUUCAAAUAAUGGUAAGAAUUAUUCAGUUUUCUUUAGGUAAUAAGUAGCCGCUACGGCUGAAUGAUUUGGGAAAACGAAUUGUGAUUUUUUCAUUUCCGAUAAUGCUGUUGCAAUUUGACAUGCAAUGAUUUCACACCGUCUGUAUUCCUCAACAAA